AUGAAGUACAUCAGCACCCUCGUCGUUCUUCUCAGCGCCAGUGCCUCGCUCGUGGCCGCUGCUCCCAAGGGCAACAAGAACGACAACAACAACAAUGGUGCCAGUGCUGCCCAGAACGCCGCUGCUCAGGAGAGCGUCAAUGCUGCGGCCAACAACGGCUCUGGCGGCAUCAAGGCUGCCGACAACGCUGCUGAGGCUGCUGCCCUCGUAGCUGCUGGUGAUCUCGGCGCCGCCACGACCGGAGCCAUCUUCUCCUCGAUUGACGCCCAGUUCAAGGCCUCGGAAGCCGCUGCCACGGCCACCGCUGCUGCUGCUGCUGCUGCGGUCAACACUGGUGCUGCCAACGCGCAGGCUACAGCCGCAGCCGCGGCCGGUGCCAACGCAAAUGCCGCCAAGGGCAAAGGAAAGGGCAAGGGCAAGGGCAAGGGCAAAGCGGCCAAGGCCAAUGCUGCCAAGAGAAACGCCGCCAAGGGCAACGCCGCCCAGACCGCCGCGAAUGCCCAGGCCAGCGUCAACGCCGCCGCCAACAACGGCGCUGGUGGUAUCAAGGCCGCCGACGCGGCCGCCGAGGCUGCUGCCCUUGUGGCAGCUGGUGAUAUCGGUGCUGUGACGACGGGUGCCAUUUUUUCGUCGAUUGACGCUCAGUUUAAGGCGUCCGAGGCGGCGGCCACGGCAACGGCCGCUGGUGCCGCCAACAACGCUGCCGGCAACGGCCAGGCACAGGCCACGGCCGCCGCAACUAACAAGGGCAAGGGCAAGGGCAAGGCCAACGGCAAGGGCAAGAACAACUAA